AUGAAGUCCUUUUUGUGUGGACUAUUUUUCCUUCCUUUGGUGUACUCUGCACUGGAUAACAGGGGAACAAAAUUCAUUGUUGCGUUUUUGGACAACUUCCACAGUCCAAAAAUUGACAUCAAUCCAGAACUAUUCAUUACCACUGCCAGUCAUAAACCAGUGCACGUUCACGUCAAUUCCCCAGGCUCCACAAACCCUAGAGUCCACCAGUCUUUCGUUGUGACACGCGGCAUCGUCCAUAAAGAGGAGGUGGAUCCUCAUUUUCGUUUGAACCACACCGAACUGGUCAACAAAGCCAUCAAAAUAACAGCUGAUGAUGAGAUAGUUGUCUACGGCGUCAACAGAGAGACAGCGUCAGAUGACGCCUAUUUAGCCUUGCCAACAGACGUACUAGGCACUGAGUACUACACCAUAUCCUAUGCGCCAGCCUACUACUACUGUGUUUUUGCUGUUAUUGCUGGAAAUGACAACACACAAGUGUCCAUUCAGCUUCCGAACCGAGACGGAGUAGAAGUGACGUACAACAAUCAUGUCUAUCACAAAAAUGAUUGGAUAAACGUUACUAUGAACAAAUACCAGACCUUCCAAGUAAGCUCCGUUGGUGAUCUAACCGGAAGUCAUGUGAUUUCAAGUCUUCCUGUCGGAGUCAUCAGUGGAAACAAGAAAACAAUAGUUGGUAAUACGGGUGGCUCACGUGAUCAUCUGACAGAAAUGUUGAUGCCGGUACAUUCAUGGGGCAAACAUUUCGCAACAAUACCCAUCCCAGCGAGGUCGGUAGGUGAUGAGUUCCGAUUUGUGGCAAGCAAAGACAACACACAGGUAGCUGUGAGAGGUAAAAUCAACGGAACACUCUUCUUUGACAACUUCACCAUUCCCCACGCCGGAGACUAUGUUCAAAAAGUUUACAGUUCUUUCCUGUACUCCCAUGUGGUGGCCAGUGAACCUAUUGCGUUAUUUCAAUUUUCCAGAACCCAGGCGUACCAUCAUGAAAAUAUCGACCCGUCCAUGAUCACAAUACCUCCCAUUGAGCAGUACGGUACAGACUACACAUUCACAACCCCUGAGUACUCACACGGCCAAUACCUAAAUCAGUUUAUGUUUAUAAUCGAUAGUCAUCAAAAGGGCGGUCUUCUUCUAGAUGGAAAACCACUGCCACACCAUCAGAAGUAUGUGCACAUACCUGGCGCGCACCUUGUAGGAGGGUACGUUAAUAUAACAGUUGGAACCCACACCGUCACGCAUACAAGCCCCAACGUCACAAUCGGAGGUAUCCUAUUCGGCAGAGCUCGUGUGGAAUCGUACGGAUUUCCCAUUGGAUUCCUUGUCAAACCGAUCAAUCCUGUAAAUCCACCUCACGGCACGACUUCACCCACUGCUCCGGCCACAAGUGAAACCCCAGUAUGUGACGCACCACCAAUGAGGAAAGGCGAUGAAAUAGACAAUGAUUGCGAUGGGAGAUUGGACGAGGAGAAUUGCGAUGGACAAGAUGACGAUGGAGAUGGAAGGAUCGAUGAAGACUGUAGCGGUACAGAAAUCUCAAUUAUUGGUAGGAAGUGA